GGAGUGGCUGGCCGUAGCUCGGCGCGGGUGGCGGGAAGGAAAUACGCCGGCGGGAGUGUGCUCGCUUCCUUCUCGCAACCGGAACUGUUUGGGCAAUCUUGGCUAACUGUUCCUGCUCCGGGAGAGGCUGUAAACCUCUCUCAUUCUGCCUCCUUUUCCUUUCCUCCGCUCUUCCCAGAAGGUGAAAGAUCGAAGCGUGGAUAGACACACCUCCAGGGCCCAAAAUCCACGGCCACAGGGCGCCAUUCCUCUCCGGAUUUAUUCGUUAAAACUCCUUUAGGAGCCUUGGCUCAGGGUUAGCAGAUGCCACAACCUUGCCUUUCGAUGGAGUGUGAAUCCAGUCCAAGGGAAGAGGAGGUUCCGCCCCUCUUUUGGGGUCUGGAUCCUGUGUUUCAAGCCUUUGCAAAACUCUACAUCAAGGAUAUCCUGGAGAUGAAGGAGUCCCAACAAAUGCCAGGUAUAUAUUUUUACAACGGGCAUCCAAUAAGACGAGUAGAUAUCAUGGGAGCUGUCAUCAGCGUAAGAGAACGAGAAACUUUCUACAGCUAUGGAGUGGACGAUGCCACUGGGGUUAUAAACUGCGUCUGCUGGAAGAAGAUGAGCAACACGGAGUCUUCCUCAGACCCAGCUAUUCUGAGCACUGCGAGGGAGCUUAGCAUGACCUCACAGCUUAAGAAGCUGCAGGAGACCAUCGAGCAGAAAACCAAGAUAGGGAUUGGAGAUGUCAUCCGAGUCCGAGGCUGUGUGCGCAUGUUCCGGGAAGAGCGGGAGAUCAGUGCCUCCAUUUAUUAUAAGGUGGCCGAUCCAGUGUGGAAUGUGCAAAUUGCAAGGAUGCUUGAGCUGCCCGAGGUCUACAAGAAGGUGUACGACCAGCCCUUCCGGAACCCAGCCCUGAAGGAAGAAGAGGCACUAAACAAUAAAGACACUUUGGAUCUCGCUGGCCUCACGUGUUUGUUGAGUGAAAAAGUUAAAGAAUUCCUCCAGGAGAAGAAAGUGCAAAGCUUCUACCAGCAGGAGUUGGAGAUGGUGGAGUCCUUGCAGUCUCUGGCCAGCCAGGCUGCAGCCCACAGCACGGACUCAGACCAAGUGGAGUUAAAGGACAACACCACUUCUGAUGUUGCACAUAGUGUGUUUAAGAAUGCUCUGCAGCUGCUUCAGGAAAAGGGACUCGUGUUCCAGAGAGACAGUGGCUCUGAUAAGCUGUACUAUGUAACCACCAAGGACAAAGACCUGCACCAGAGGGUCUACCAGAUCAUCAAGGAAGACUGUCAGAAGCCAAAUCACGUGGAGAAGGGCUGCCACUUGCUGUACAUCCUGAACUGCAUGCACCUCAGCCUCCACUGGGACCUGAGCAAGGCUGUGCUGCAGCAGGUGCUAGAGCUCCUGGAAGACCAGAGUGACAUCGUGAGCACCGCCGAUCACUACUACGCGGCCUUCUGAGGACCAGAGUGACUUCGUGAACACUGCAGAACAUAACCAUGUGGCCUUCUGAGCAGCCAUGAAGCAGAGGCAGGCGGCUCUACCCCAGGUUCUGCUCACAGGCAUAGUACAGACUUACAUGUGUAUAACCCCAUAGUAAAUCCUGAGAGUCACAGGAAAAUAGGACUGAGACAGAUGGCUUUGAUGUCACCCAUGACACACACAAACCCUCCUUGUCAGCUCCUGACUGAACUAAGUGUCACUUGGAAUAGAGUGGGAAGAAACAGUGUUGCUGGUUUAAUCCCUAUGUCUGAAGUCAGGGGCCCUGUCUUGAUAGAGGGACAUCCCAGGAUAAAGGCUGCUACACAUCUGAACUGGAGCAGCAAUAGCCAGGCUACCACAUACAUCCCCAGCAGGCCCCCUGAUGUAUUGAAAGCUCAUAUGGGCACAUCGUCUCCUACAGUAAUUGACAUUUGCCUUGGGUUCCUGAGGCUUCAGCAGUAGCCGUGAGGACGGCUGAGGCUUGCAGAUCUGCAUUGGAGAAUAAAAGAAUCCGACGCAUG